CGCCUUCUCGACGCAGCGCUGGCCAAGUAUGGUUGCAAGUCUUGCGCGCUGCGCGUCUUGGAGUCUCCGGCUUCUGGCUUGAAAACUGAGGCGAUGAUUGAAGAUCCACUGGAUCUAUCCUCCUUUGUUUCCAACGUCUGUCGAGAGAUCACCUGCAUGGCAAGCGUAACCAUACUAUUUGAUGUCCAGAUGUCUGUUCCUGAGUUUGCUCCUGUCGAUCGGGUUGUGGAUGCUGCUCUCCACAAUGACAUCCAAUCCUUGCCUGAACCCAUCCGCCCUCCUCGUGACCUACCAGAUGGAUGUCGCUUGGGCCUGGUGGUUCGCAACAUGGCAGAUGGAACGCUGCAAGCCUUGAAGAUUCUCCACUUUCCUGAGAGGAUCCAUGUCAAAGAUGCCGCGGGAUAUUGUGCAGGUACUCCUUAUGCCCUUGUCCAUCGACCAGGCCCUUGGGCAUUGAAGAAGGCGUUGUGCUCCUUGAUUGGCCGGCUGCCAGGCUUUCACGUGUCUUGGUAUGCGCAUAUGUGGCCAGUCAAUGAGAAGAUCUACGAUCUCUUGCUGCGCAAGCAGCCCAUCCCUGCAAAGGCUUGGUUGCCAUCGUCACCAGCGAUUGGGAAAGUUCGUCUAUCCACCAAAAAGAAACGCUUGCGGGGCAAAACCUCGGAUGAUGGCCCCGACUCAUCUUCAAUGCCUUCAGCUGCUGUCGUCUCGCCCCUCGAAGCUCUUGCUCACGAUGCUGAAGCAGACUUGCUUGCAAGGGAAGCUGCUGAUGUUCCUGUUCAGGAUGAUUUCGCUGCUGAUGAAGAGGCGGCUGCGUUCAUGA